GGGCGGCUGGCUCCAACGGGUUGCACCUCCCAGUCUUACACACGGAUCGAGAACGACCUGUGCUUAAAGUCUAUCACAAAGGCAAAAUAAUUCAUCACUGGCCUUUCCCUUUCCCAUCCUCGCAUACCCUUUGGGCCAUCGAGUCUGUGCCACAAGCCGCAAUUUCUUGUCACAGGCGCUAUCCUGCCACGCGCGCGACAAGCUCGGCCAUCACUUUAAUACCAUUUGAGUUUCGCUACCACAGCUACUAUCUCGACAUUUGUAGCCUCCCACUGUCCCGAGCUCCUCACCCAAGUCGUCCUUUACUGAACCUGCCCUUGUGUUUGUCACAACACGAUCAGCCUUGCCCUUGUAUGCGACCUUCCAAGGACCUUGCCGCAGGGAUACGAUAAGCCCUCAGUCCAAUGUGACCUGUCUGUCCAUCAAGCACGAAUAUACCCACGCGAAUGAGACGCCACAUUCUCUCCAGCGCAAUCGGCACAAACUAGAAGUCGCAAGCAUGGAUGGCACAACCCGCGGCGGCGCUGGCGCAAAGCCGCCAGCCAACGUGGCAGGAUCCAAGCUGUACCAGACGAUCAUGACGCCCCUCAACUUCGUCACAUUCAUAAUUUCCCUCUGGAUCGUGAGCGGCCGCAACCAGCGGAAACGAGUCGCCAUGCAUCCUCGGCGACCGUCACACAAUGGCGUCGCGGCGUGGCUACCAAGCUGGCUGCAGGGAGUUAUCUUCCGCCCGCAGCCAUACCACUACAUUGAUGACAGGUCCGACAACCCGCCGAACUACAUGGACAAGCGAUUCUACUACCACUCCAAGCAGAGAAAGAUCAUGAAACUCGAGGCGGCGGACGCAUUCGAGCUGCGCAGCUCGGUGCUAGGAGCUCUGUGUAUUGCUGGGGUAGCACUGGUCUGGGUGUGCGUCUGUCUUGGCCGGGCAUUGCUGACCUUGACGCCAUGGCAGCAAGUCUGGACGGCCUAACUUGACGAGCGGACGACAUGCAAUUACCACAUUCUUGUGGAAAAUAGUAGCACACAUUUGGGACUCUAAAUCUGCAUCGUGGACAUCACCGGUCCACAGGAGUUUGGACGGCACGGGGAAUUCUUGAUUUUGCCGGAUGAUCAAGGGAAGCUGCAUCGGAGACAUUGAAAGGAUCAUCUUAGUCACGCAUCAAUAUCAGCAAUAUCGUUCCACAU